CGCUAGUAAGUAGUAACGGGAAAUACAUUUGGGGAGUCGAGCAAAAAACCUUGAGAUUCGAGGCAUAUCUGGUCCCUCUUUCCAUUCUCAAUUCCCUUUUCCCGUUUAUCCUUUGCUCCCAGUCUUUAGACUCGUCCGGACCAUCGUUCAGUUGCCUCGCCACGCUGUAGUCGGCGAUGUCGGAGGAGAUCGACAAAAAUGGUGCUGAAUAUAUUUGGAUAGCCAGGACCACCAAGUAGCGCUCCAUUUCCAAUCAAUUCAACUCUACUAUUCUAUACUGUAUGCCCAAAGCUUUGUUCAUUCAAUGGCAGCCGCGUCGCUUGUGCAACUGGAGCAGCUCUCCAGGUCUAGAGAGUCUCCUCAGCAAAGAGAGCAGGAACCCGAACAGUCGCAGACUCUCCCUCCCACAGACCAUGGUAGAGCCGCCUACCUGGUCCUGGCUGGCUGUGCCAUCAUGCAGGCACCGGUAUGGGGAUAUUCCGUAGCCUUUGGCAUCUUUCAGGAGUAUUACACAGUCCAUAACUCUUUCGGUGCCUCCCCAAGCGCCAUUGCCUCCAUCGGCACCUCCCAGAUCGGCAUCAUGUACCUCAUGAUGCCACUCACGUCCGGUCUUCUGAUCAAAUAUCCUCACAUGCGCCGCCUCUGCGGACCGUUCGGCCUAGCUGUCACGCUGGCAAGCCUCGUCAGCUCGGCCUACGCCACCAGUGUGGCAGCGCUCAUUGCCACUCAAGGCGUCCUCUACGCCCUGGGAUGCGGUCUCCUCUUCAGCCCAACCAGCCUGUACCUAGACGAGUGGUUUGUCGAGAGGAAAGGCCUCGCCUACGGCGUGAUGUGGGCGGCCAAGAGCCUCGUCGGUGUCGUCAUGCCCUUCCUAAUGACCGCCCUGCUAGACCGCUACGGCCUCCGCUCGACUCUUCUAGCGUGGGCGGUGGCCUCGGCGGUCAUGACCCUCCCCCUCCUCGUCCUCCUCAAGCCCAGAGAAGCCGGGGCUGGCCCGAACAACCGAUCCAGACGCCCAGCCCUGUCCUUCUCCUUCAUGCGCCACACCGUCUUCUGGAUGCUCCAGGCCGGCAACAUCGUCCAGUCCUUCGGCUACCUCAUGCCGUCGACCUACCUUGCCUCCUACGCCGCGUCCCUGGGGCUCCCGCACCUGACGGGCCCCGUCCUGCUCGCCGUCUUCUCGCUCGCGUCGGUGCCGGGCAGCCUCGUGCACGGCCUGCUCGGCGACCGCCUCGCGGCCACGACGGUGAUCCUGAUCAGCUCGGCCGGCAGCGCCGCGGCCGUGUUCCUGCUCUGGGGCAUGGCGCGCCACGUUGCCGUGCUGGCCCUAUUCAGCGUCGCCUACGGCUUCUUCGCCGGCGGCUUCAGCGCCACCUGGAGCGGGAUCCUGCACGAGAUGCGCAGGCGCCACGGCGACGACGACGGCGGCGGCGGCGACACGGCCAUGGUCUUCGGCAUGCUCAUGGGCGGCCGCGGCGUCGGCUUCGUGCUGAGCGGGCCCGUCAGCGGCGUCCUGCUCGGCGCCGGGGGCGGCGGAUGGGGCGGAGGGGACGUGUCGAGCUACAAGUCCGAGUACGGGCCCAUGAUCAUCUGCACGGGCCUGACGGCCGUGUUGGGCGCCUGGGGUUGGCUGUGGACGUUGGGGAAGCAGUGCCGGCGCCUAAUGGCGAGGUGGGACUUGUCAUUGUAAGCGGGUCUAACCGUCUCGGCCACGACCCGAUUUCCUCAAGUUCGCUGAGCGUUUUCAAGUCAAGGAAGGAGGAAUGAACAGUGGUUGGCCGCAGCUGCGAAAGCCUAAGAGGUAAUAGUAUACUAGGGGGUGGGCAUAUGAACUCUAUCUUGAGGGAUACGUUGGGUAGGUUAUGUCGAGGCGAAUGUAGUGCUCACAACAUAAUAUAUGUCAGCUCC